GGUUAUGGAAACAGAAACAGUUAGCAUUUAGUACUCAAGAGAUACAUAUCAGUGUCAUCUCUUAAAAUUUCAGUGUUCUGAUUUCUUAUAUUUUGUGAACGCGAUAGUAUUAAUUUCUUAUAAAUAUAUUUUUACUAAGAAAAGAAAUGUGUAUUAAUUGAAGUUAUAAUAAAAAAAAGUUAUAAAACAAUAAACAGAAUAUACGUUUAUUCAAAAUAAUUUUAUCGAGAUGGUGUUUUAAACUUAUUUCGCAACGACGCUUAUAUGGGAAACAUAUUUCUUGAAACGAUUCGUAGGUGACAAAGGCCAAAAUGACGGUGGAGAAGAGCAAAGGGACGGAGAAGAAGGUCCCGCCGGCGACACAAAAAGUAGCGCCGGACGGAGGCUGGGCGUGGAUGGUGUGUCUGGGAGUGAGCUUAGUAAAUUUUUCAACGCGUUCCCUCGAGCCGUCCUUCGGUUUAUUAUUUAAGGACCUGUUGGAUGACCUCGGUGUCCAUACGACGGGCGCGUCAUUCAUCGCCAGUACACUCGACUCCGUGGUGAACUUCUCCGGUUUCUUCGUGGGCCCCGUGAUAAAGACGUUUUCUUAUCGAAAAGUGUGCUUCGUUGGAUCGACGAUAUGUGCACUCGGACUUCUGUUCACCGCUCCAGCCAACAGUAUGGGUCAUAUAUUGGCCACGUACAGUAUAUUGGGAGGGUUCGGUGUUGGAUUAGCGUCAUCAUCAUCUUUUGUCUCACUCAAUCAUUAUUUCUCAAAGAAACGUGGGCAGGCUGUUGGCCUGUCUAUGGCUGGUACAGGGUUCGGUCUGAUGGUCAUGCCUCAACUAGUCAAACUGCUGCUUAGUGAAUAUGGGUUUAGAUGGACCGUUAUUAUAUUGGGCGCUUUGGCCUUUCACGCUGUACUCGGAUCAUGCUUACUUCAGCCUGUUAAGAGACAUCUUAUAGACGUACCGGUUGACUGCGAGAUGCAGUUAGUGAAGGAAAUGGAGUGUAUACACGAGAGCGAUGAAGAAGCUGAUGAUAAAUUUGAAAUCAAUCCGCUCGUCACGCAUCCAAUGCCCAAGUUGACCAAGCAGAGGUCUAACGUCAACAUGAACCAUCCUUCAGUCCGGACCGUGGGCCUCCCUCGUGCGAAGACGUGCGACAAACCCCUUCAGGAAUUUGAUGGCACCACAAAACCAAUUGUCGGCUUGACGAGCGCCGCCUCGGUGGCCGCCAUGCAGCGCGUCACGUCCAGCAGCAGCAUGACCGAAGCGGCCCGGAAGAGGAAGGUGUCCGUCAUAUCGAAUAUAUCCAACAUGGACUUCACCGGGAGUUACCUGCAGCUGUAUCUCGAUACAGUAGAUGACGACACGUUACAAAUGAAAGCGUUCAAGAAAAUCGAACAAGAACAAGUACAAAAGAAGCAGGGCUUCUUCAGGAAGUUUAUCGCGUUGAUGGACUUGGAUCUGUUGAAAGACUGGUCCUUCCUAAACCUCUUGCUCGGGCUCUCGUUGUUCUGGAGCGGCGAGUUGCAGUUUAGGAUGUUAACGCCAUUUUUUAUUAGAAGUUUAGGCUAUAAUAUGAACGAAACAGCGUUCUGUUUGUCCAUGACGGCUAUAACUGAUAUCGGAGUGCGUUUGGUAUUGCCGCCGAUCUUCGACAGGAUCGCGGUCACUAAGAAAAUGAUAUUUUUCAUUUCGGCUUUCUUCUUAGCCGCUACUAGAUCAGUUCUCGCCGAACAGUCGGAGUGGGUGCCGCUGAUGGUCUGGCUGUCGAUCUGCGGGUUCUUCAGAGGCAUGUGUCUGAGCAAUUUCACGCUGACGAUCUCAGAGUACUGUCCGCUGGAGAAGCUGCCGGCUGCCUUCGGCCUGCACAUGGUCAGCAAGGGGGUUUUCGUCGUCAUCAUCGGACCGCUCAUUGGUUACGUAAGGGACUACACGGGCAGCUUCGCGACCUGCAUACACGUGCAGAACGCCUUGAUAAUGUCGUGCGUGCUGGUGUGGGGGGUGGAGUACGCGCUGGCCUUCACCCGCCGCCGGAAGGUGGUGCAGAUCUAGUGCCGCCGGCCGGGGGCCGAACGCGUCUUACACAUUCGAAACGUUCGUUUCGUUCUUUGUUAUCGUACUACAUAUUUUGAUACCGCGGUACGUUCGUUUGUAAGCUUGUAUCCAGUUUAAGGUUAGUUUUAGUAGUAAUAUAAUCAGUGACAUUCGAAUUUAUAUUGCUCUUCUAAGUACCGUAGGAAGAAACUGCCAACAUUCUCAGCGCUCGUUUAUUUUGGAAGCGUUUUUCUUACUGAUAUUAUUUAUUACUUAUGUUUCCUUUGAAUAUUGUCCUAACAUUGACAGCCUACUGUGUAACCUCGUGGAUUAUAAAAUGCAAAAAAAGCUAUUGUUAAAGUUCUUUUACAUUUAUUGUAUGUUGACUGAAUGGUGUUGUUAUUGUUGAAUGAAAUGUUUCUUCUAGCUUUUUACUCUUAGGCUCAAAUAUUUGCUUUUUAGUCUGUCCCAAUAGCUCUCCUAUUAGAAUGACAUCUAACUUCAUUUGACAUUAUGUUUUUUUUUUCUAUUGUAUAUUGAAUUAUAUGUCAAUGUAAUAAAUUCGAUGUGAUUCCAUGACUUGUGGUAUUGUGUAGACAUUUGUAUCGCUCUGAAUUUUUUAGGAACGUUUUAGAUGAUUUUUGUAGGUAUUCAUUUUACUAUGAUAUUUUUAGACGACUGUAUGUAGUUACGUAGAAAUUUAGAUGACUCAUUGUGUAGACUCUUUGUCUAUUGUUCAUAUUAAUCGAUGCCAAUUUGUGAAACCAUUGUGUUACAAAUAAAAAGCAACUGAAAAUAUAAUUAAAUAUAUUUGACAUUUGUAAUUAAUCAUCCUUUAAGGGUGACAAGUCCACUAACGUUCGUUGGAAAAAAAUAGUUACUAGAUUUUCUUUAGUAGUCCUCCAGACAUUUCCUUACUAGUCCUCUUUAUUUUUCGUAGUCACCAGUGACAUUUAUAAGUAGUGAACUUCUCUCUAAUCGUUGACAAUUAUUACGAGUAGAAAACCAAGACUGUUGAACGAAUGAAUGAUAUAUUGCUGUUUUAAUCCUGCAAUAAUCUCCUGUAUUAAAAAUUAUAUAUAUAUAUAUUUUUAAACAUGGCUACUCAGAAUCUGUGUGAACGGAAUCGUUUAUUUUUUAUCCGAUCUCAUUAAUUGCAAAAAAAUAAACUAUGAAGCGUGUUUUUACAUAAAUUCGUCACAAGUUUUAGUUUUGUUUACUAUAAUUAUAUGAAUUUUCAAUAGGCAGUAGUCAAAGGCAAUAGGCUUAGUGUGAGCUAUGUAUGUAUGUAUGUAUAAAAUUUAAUGAUUGUCUUAGUUCGUAUGGGCAUUCACGCUUCACCCUUCGAUUGAUUUGACAUUUUGUUCAAUUGUUGUCUUGCGUGAAGGUUUCUGUCUUAGUACGAUCAACGCACAAUAGGUGGCGCGAGUCGUAUCGGAUAUUGUUUUAAAAACUAUUGAAGAAGCCUUAGCUAGUAUAUGUAUAUUAAUUUAAUUAUGUGAUCUUUUGCAAUUAAUGAUUUCUUGCAGUAUUGAUUAUAUUAUAUGUAAUAAUUGUUUCCAUAUUGUUGAUACAUUAUAUAAAUAAUUGCAAAAUGUAUUUAUAUGUAAAACAAUAAUUAUGAAUACUUAUAAUUAAUUACAAAUUUUAAUAUAUAUAAAUAAUAAUCUGCCAAAUUUUUAAAACGUUUAGUUAAGUUCUUUAUAUUCAUGUUAUUAAUAUUUAAACAUAAUUUUAUUGCUAUAUUACUAACUUCCCGUCUUCCAAAAUUUUUUUAAUAUCGACGUAUCGACGUGGGCUUUUCGACAUGUGAUUUUAGCGACCAAAUAGUAUACUAACUUUUGAUAAAUGCGUUAUUGUACUUAGAAUAUAAAAAAAAAAUGUAUGCCUUUUUGACAUUUGAUCUGUCAUUAUCAUAUUAGGCGUUAUAUAUAAUCUUUACUUAUUGUAAUCAUGCAAUCAAUUAUUGAAAUGUGUGUGCCAAUCUUUGUAAAUAAUAAUACAUAUAUUCAAAUGUAAAGUAUAUAUUUUAAUAUUUGUACGGUUAUACAUGACAUCGUGAAUGGGAAGGAUUACGUGACUCAUUUUGAAUUAUUAUUUCAGUGAUUUUUUGCUUUUAAAUGUUUGCUGACUGUUUCAUAUUGUAUUGAAAUCUAUCUUUUUGAUUAUUUUUUUUUGUAUUAUUGUCAGUAAAUAUCCACUUUAUUUUUCUUAUUUUAAUGUACUUUUUAACGCUUAAGCUAUCUUGAGAUGUAUUUAUAUAAUGUUUUCUAAAAUUAUUUAUGUUUCCUUAACGUACUUAUAAAACAGAAACAUGUAUGAACUGAAAUGAGAAAACAUAUCAAGCAAGGAUAUAAAUGUGUUAUUUUUGUAAAUACUAAAAUAUUUAUCACAUCAAAUAUGUUACGCCUUUAGGUGUAGUACUUGUAACUUUUUCUUUUAUAUUUCAUCCAUAAGGAUGAAAAAUCCAAAUAAUCAUGAACAGGAGAAUGAAAAAUAUGCAUUUUUAUUAUAUUUAAAUUAAAUGGCCAUAUCCAUAAUAUGUUAUUUCGAAUUUUAAAUAGUUGUUGUAAAAUGACAACUAAAUAAUUGCCAGUUUUGAAAAAUAAAUUAAUAAUAGUAAAGUUACAUAAUAAUUACGAAAGCGUGCUUCUAAUUAGAUAAGGCCACUAAUAUUCUGGUUAAAUUUCCAAGAAAAAAAUCUUUAUUUGUAUUGAAAAAUAAAUAACUCAGUUGAAUUAAGAACAUUCUACUUAUAUCAUAAUUAUAAAGAGGUAUAAUAGAUAAAAUACAAAACUGAUAUUUUAAAUGUCGACAUGGUUUGUCAAUUUUGUAUCAAGAGAGAUUUUUCAAAUCAAAAAUUUUUUAAUCGAAUAUUUAAAAAAAAUUAGAAAAACCUUUUUUUUAAUAGAUAUUGUUAUUGAACAUUAGUAUUAUUUCUAUACGUAAUUACCUCAUUUAGAACUGUCAGUGUCAGCUUAUUUUGUCAGAGCUUAGUGAUCGAAUCAUGUUACAACAUCUAUUUAUUAAAAAAAAGCGUUUCUAAGAAACAUGUGUAGUGACUCUCAUCUGUCUCGAAACAUCUAAAUUAAUUUUAUAUAUAAAGUAUAGUUUUGUUUCUUUGUAUUUUGCGUGUCAAGGUCAAUAGAGUUAUUUAUUGUCUACAUCUUAGGUGACAAUGGCGAAAUAAUCUCUGCCAUGCAAAACUACUACCCAUUAAUAAAAAAUACAUUUUACUGUAAUUGACGUAUUAUAAUAUACAGGGGGUGGUGAAGUGAUAUUGUAAUUUAUUUAAUUACAUUAUAAACAUUCAUCUAAGUUAGAUAUCGACGUCUCGAGACAGUUGCGGUUCAAUCACUUCAAAGUUUAAUGAAUUAUAGCGAUAACUUUAUAUCGAUUUAUUUAUAUUGGAGGGUGCGCGGUGAGAGAUUGUGUGUUAUCCUACAAUAUAUAACUGUACAACUCUUGUAAAACUAGCAAGACUUUUAUAAAGAAUGACUUAAUCUAUUAAAGUACUUAUUGGUUACCUUUA